ACAUGACACCAUCAGAAACUCCAGCAACUGGUGGGUGGCAGUGACAUGACGCCAUCAGACCACGCCCUCGUCUUUGUCGACAACCAAGACACACAGAGAGCUGGACAUCUGCACUUCAAUAGCCCCCUGCCCUAUAUGCAAGCGGUGGCCUUCACCUUCGCCUAUGACUACGGACUUCCGGUUCUGACGAGCAGCUAUUAUUUCCUUGAUGCCGAGACACCCCCUCCUCAUGACGGUGACGUCAUAAAGGACGUCAUAAUCAACAACGAUGGGACCUUUGACAAUGGUUGGGUGUGUGAACACAGAUUUGCUAUAGUGUUUGGAGCAAAGUGA